CCCCUUUCGUUAAUGUCAAAGUGUAAAGAGCAAUGAGAGGUCAACAAGCAAACGUGUACUCUGUGCUUUUGUAAACAGAAAAGUAGUUUAACCGAGGAAAUUUUCAUGUUUUUAUAAAUUUAGAAAAUGCUUAGGUUUGCGUUAUUAGCAAAAUUGCUGAAUAGGAAAGAUGGAUUAACUUUUAUAGUCCACAAAAGGUGGAAAAAGAAACUCAGGUGGAUUACAGAUUCAAUGAAGAGUAAAUAUGAACCGUCUCAACUUGCGCUGAAGCACUUCGACAGACAUUAUAAAUCUCAAUUUGAGGAGAAGUGGCCAUCCAUACGUCUCGCAUUACUCUCCAAGCAGAAAUAUGGUGCACUGAUAAAUAACUAUGGAAAUCCUGAUGAAGUUGAAGAAAGGUUAUCAGAAUUAGGUGCUAAAGAUGUUCUAAAGUCAAUAAGAGCAUCAUUGAAAAUUCAGAAUGAGAAUAUUGUAAAGAAGGAUUCAACGGAAAGACUAGACACCAUAACUGCGGCAAAUCCGCUACCUCAGAACGAAGAAAACGAGGAAUCUAGUAAUCCAAAAGAUGACCACCAAAGUAGUCCUGCUGUCUAUGCUCCAAAAAUAGAAUACAUAAUUCCGGAAGGAUUCACAGAGCAGAUGAGUCAGUACAUUGUACAAGAUCAGUUGGUGGACGACAGCGACAUUAACGUAGAUAUCGCAGUUGAAAGGAAAACAUUUUCAGUUAACGAACAGUUAAAAUGCUACGUGUUUGAUGGGUCGGCGACAAGAAGGUUUCCACCGGCUAAGUUUGAAUCCAGAACUAAGAGCCUUCUCGAGUACUACUUAAUGGAUGCAAGCUCCCUUCUGCCAGUCUUAUGUUUGGAUCUACAGCCAGGGGACACUGUACUUGAUAUGUGUGCAGGCCCAGGGGGAAAAUCUGUUGCUAUGUUGCAAACUAUGCAUAUAGGUGGAAUCAUUUGUAAUGAGGUAACACCUUCCAGAAGAAGAAGAUUGCAAGAUGUGUUGAGACUUUACAUUCCUAAAGAUAUGCUUGAUAAUGAAGAGAGUUUCAGGUUAACAGGUUUUGACGGGACAGAUUGGGGAGAUAUGGAGCCAGACACAUAUGAUAAGAUUCUCGUUGACGUGCCGUGUACUACAGACCGACUAUCAGCUAAUGAAAAUGACAACAACAUAUUUCAUCCAAGGCGGCUCAAAGAAAAGAACCAGCUGCCUCCUUUACAAACUGAAUUACUAAUGGCAGCAUUACGAUCUGUGAAGGUUGGUGGAACUGUUGUUUACUCCACCUGCACCAUGUCAUCCGAACAGAAUGAACGUGUGAUACAGAAAGCAGUGCACACCUGUUUACAAACACAUGACAUUGUCGUCACUGAAGUCGACCUUUCACCUUUGACUCGCAGUUGUGAUGGCAUCUUUAAUUUUCAUGAUCGAGCAAAAUUAGGAAAAAUAGUUGUGCCAAAUUUAAGCGCUAAUUUUGGACCAAUGUAUUUUUGUGCUUUGAAAAGGUUACGUUAAAAUGAGUAAAUCAGUUAGUAUAACGCACUUAUGGAGAACACAAGAUAUAAUAUUCAAGAUGAUUCUAAUUUAUUAUGAAUUAUUACCAUAGUAAUACACAAUUAAAAUGUACAUGAUUUUUCUUCUGCAUAUCACUUUAAUAAAUAAAAAAGGUUAAUAGUAUAUUAGUGUUUAUUUAAUUUGUCGUCAUCAUUUUAUCUAUACGCAAAUUCAUUAUAUGCAAAAUGGGGAUGGGGUCAGGAUGGGAUGGGGAAGGGACUUCCUUUGAUUCUCAUUUUUAUAGCUGGAUCCAUAAAGACCAAACAAUCAAGAACUCUCUCAAACCAGCAAAGAAUAUGUUUUAGUUUGCCUUGUGAUUUCAAUAGGCUUACACAUAUUAAAUCAUUUUAACAGUCCAGAUUGGCAACACAUUGUCGGAAAAACAAAUUAAAACUUAUUGAAGAUAAUAAUAAAAGAAAAUGAUACUAUGCACAUUUUAUAUGAAAGACAUACAGAAUAAAAAUAUAUUUUAAAAUAU